ACAGGGAAUGCUGGCGAUGAUGGCGGACUCCUCCGACAGGAACGAAAAAGCCAGAACCGUCCGCCGCGGGGGGCGGCCCCGCCGUGUCGGCGGAACACCAGCGGCGGCGCUGCGGGCGUCGGUGGUGCUGGUCAUGCUCGGGAGAUGUAGUAGCUACGUCCGUGGCGCGGUCGCAGAGGCGGAGGAUGGUUUGGAGACGCCCGCCCUCUCUUUGGAGCUGGACGUUGGUGACGAAUCGCGGGUGAACACCGCUGACGGAUCGGAAGGCGGGGAAUCAGCAGCAGCGGCGGCGACCGCGCCGGCGGUGCUGUUUUCCUCGGAGUGGGCGGCGGAGUACGCGCGGGGGGAGGCAGGUUGCGACCUGGCCCGUGGGAGCUUCAUGUGGAGGGGGCAUGGCUUGGGCAGCAACGUGAACAACAUGCUGAACGCGUGGGUGUACGCCCUCUCAGUGGAGAAGUGGAGCGACAUGACCGUGGUCGUGGACGAAAACCAGAUGAAACAGGUGGACUGCGAGGAGGAGAGCGGGGGAGAGGCUCAGGCGGGCUGGGACUGCCUUUUCAAGCCUAUGCCGCAUCUUUGCACCUUCCCCUCGGCGGAGGAGCACAUGGUGUCGAAAGGCCUACCCAAAGCGGACCUGGUUGAGGCGGCGAGGCUGGACCAGGACGCCGUACGGUUCCACCCGGAAGAGAUAGUGGCGUCAUUGGAAGGGUCGGGGGUCGACCACAUCGCUGCCUUGGCGGCCAUGGCCAAGUACUUGUGGAGCAACGUCACCCCGUGGCUCCAGGCCGACGUCGACUUCGUCACGCGCGCCUCGCCCUCGGACGUGUUCCAGGAAUCCCCGUUCCUGGGCCUGCACAUACGGCGGGGUGACAAGGUCUCGCAAGGAGAGGCGUCCAUGUACCUGUGUGAGGAAUACUUGGAAACGGCGGUGGAGUUCCUCGAGGGGAACGACAGCCAGCUUAGCGUGGGAGACAUCAAGGGCAUCUGGGUCGCGUCCGACGAACCCAAAGUGAUCGCCAAGGUCAAGCAGAUAGCGCAGGACUACCUGCCCAACGUGAGCGAAGGCGAUAUCUUCUGGGCCUCUGGCGGGGUCGAAGGAGGGCCCGAGAUCGAGCGGACGGCUACGCGGACGGACCAAGAGACGUACGCGGACUUCGUGUAUACGUUCGCGGACCUCCAGCAGCUCACUGCCGCAGACCUGUUUGUCGGCACGUUCAGCUCAAACAUCGGCCGGCUGCUGGUGCUGUUGAGGGAGUCAAUCGGCCUCAAAGACAGGGCUUCGGCGGUCAGCAUCGACGGCCCGUGGCGUGCAGGACGGCGUCGGAGGCGUGCUAUGAGAGGGGCUAGAGGCCCAGAGUAGAUCGGGUAAAGGCGACACGUUGUCGUUUGGGUGGACACCAUUUCUUUUCCCAUCUUUCCAGUCGAGCGUGCCCCCCUGCCCUGCCCGCCUACCUCUCUGUUUUGAUCUGAUUUUU